AUGGAACAAUCCAACGACAGCAUGGAGCAUGGCUUCAUCUUGGUGGGUUUCUCUGACCGGCCCCGACUGGAGAUGGUGCUUUUCAUCGUGAACUUCACCCUGUAUUCAGUGGCUGUGCUGGGCAAUUCAACCAUAAUCCUCGUGUGUAUAUUAGACCCUCGACUUCACACGCCCAUGUAUUUCUUCCUGGCAAAUCUUUCCUUCCUGGACCUCUGCUUCAGUACCAGUUGCAUCCCACAGAUGCUGGUGAACCUCUGGGGCCCAGACAAGACCAUCAGCUAUGCGGGCUGCGUGGUCCAGCUCUUCUCCUUCCUCUCAGUGGGGGGCAUCGAGUGCAUCCUGCUGGCCGUCAUGGCCUACGACCGCUAUGCCGCUGUGUGCAGACCCCUGCACUACACGGUCAUCAUGCACCCCCGGCUGUGCUUACAGCUGGUUGCUGUGGCUUGGGGCAGUGGGCUGGUCAAUGCCAUUGUCAUGUCCCCACUGACAAUGACUCUGUCCAAAUGUGGCCAGCGCCGAGUUAACCAUUUCCUCUGUGAGAUGCCAGCUCUGAUCAAGAUGGCUUGUGUAGACGCCCGUGCCGUGGAAAUGCUGGCCUUCGCCUUCGCUGUCCUCAUCGUCCUGCUGCCCCUGGCUCUCAUUCUUGUCUCCUAUGGCUACAUUGCCGCAGCCGUGCUGAGGAUCAAGUCAGCCGCCGGGAGGUGGAAGGCCUUCAACACCUGCAGCUUCCACCUCACAGUGGUCUCCCUGUUCUACGGGAGCAUCAUCUACAUGUACAUGCAGCCGGGAAACAGCUCUUCCCAAGACCAAGGCAAGUUCCUCACGCUCUUCUACAACCUGGUGACACCCAUGCUGAAUCCGCUCAUCUACACUUUAAGGAAUAAGGAGGUGAAGGGGGCCCUGAGGAAGGUUAUCGGGAGGCAGUAA